AUGUCUGGAGUAUUAAGGAAAAGCCACUGCUCAGUACUAGCUGCUGUGAGAGCAGUGAGGCCAAUGCUUUUGGCUUCAGUUGACUGUCGUGUUGCUGAACUCAAAGCACUGCUGCACUGUCACCAUGCAAAAAUAACAGUGACUGUGCAGCAGUGCUCAAAAAGUCCCAUUUUACAAAUGCAAAGCUCAUGGCAAGAGGAGCUUGUAGCUUUUGAUGGCUCAUGUCAGCCAAAGACGAUGCAUAAGGGCCUGUUUACACUUUAUGGCGUUGAUGGUGUUGGCAGCAGACUUCCUCUUAAAAAGCUAAUUCAGCUGAGUAUUUUUGAUUCUCAGUGUCGUAAUAGAGACUCCACAGCAGCUGAUUUUUUCUGUUGCUGA